GUUUCAAACCUUUAGCUCAGUUUGAAAUUGACGACUUCAUAAAAUUUGAGGAACCGCAAACAAAACCGCUGGAUUUGUCCAUGACAAGAAUGAUUGAGAGACGGAUUGGACCAUCAGAUUUAUCACCGCAAACAGAACCGUUGGAUUUGUCAAUGUCAAGAACACAUAUGGGGAUUCAUAAGUUUGAGGAGCCACAAAUAGAAUCGUUAGAUUUGUCAAUGACAAGAAUGAUUGAGAAACGGAUUGAACCAUCAGAUCUAUCAGCGCCAGAGGUAAGUGGGAGACAAGUAGAACUCAGCGAAAUUGAUCAGAAUGACGCAAGACCGUUGAACCUACCAGUUCAAGAAGUGAGUAAGGAACAAACAAGUACAGGGAUUGAACCUAAGACAUUGUCCCUUCAAAAGGGAACCUCAAGGUUGGAAGAACAUACGACUAACACACCUAAGAAGUCGUUCAAAUGCGAAAUAUGCGGGAAGGAUUUCAGAACGUCAUCGAAUUUGUAUGGACAUAAGAAGAUUCAUACCGGUGUGAAGCCGUACAAAUGCGAAAUAUGCGGGAAGGGUGAGAAGCCGUACAAAUGCGAAAUAUGCGGGAAGGGUUUUGCACACCUAUCGAAUAUGAAAAAGCAUGUGAGAAUUCACACAGGUGAUAAGCCGCACAAAUGCGAAAUAUGCGGGAAGGGUUUUGCUCAGUCAUCGAAUAUGCAUGCACAUGUGAAGAUACACAAGGUGAGAAACGAAACAGUUGUUCUGCGUGAAGAAAAAUUUCUCUCAAUCACAAAAUAUGACAAUCAGUUGCAUUGUAUGCGGUAA